AUGGCGCAGGAGGACGAGGAUGGACUAUUGGGGACAUUGUGCGAACAGCCGCACGAUAAGGAGGAUGCUGAGGAACUCGACGAACAAAAUAAGGCUCUAUGCCAGUUAGCACUUAAAGCCCUAUACUUCAAACAUAGAAUCCCAUUAAGUGUGCCCAGUCAGGGCGCAACGGAUAUGGCGGACAUGGGAGAUACUGUGGAACCUUAUAUGAGAUGUAUUUUAGUAAAUAUAUUUAUGAAAAGGAUACUGGGAGAGACGUGUGUACAGACCGCAGGCGGGCAACUGGCAUUUACGGCUGCGCAGGACUUCGUGGAUACGCCGGGCACAGCGGAACGUAAUUCUACAUGUGAGAAGGAGGAUGCAGCACCAGGGGGUGACAGGAGCAAGAGGCCGGAAGAUUGGACAUUGUUGGACAUAAUGGGUAGGUGGUUUACGAGAAAUACUACAAGAUUGAAUGAUGGUCAUGUAGGAGUAUUGGGGCAGGCCUGUACAGUAAAUAUAAGUGCACGCGCGGGACAGCCAGAACAGGUAGCACUAGAACAGAUGAAGACCACAAUAACGGAUGCAAUGGGCGCCGUGGGCGAGGACAUGACGAAGACAGUGAAAGAAUUAAAGAAGAAAAUGCAAACCUCAGGGAGAACUAAAAGUAUACAGGACAUAUUGGAAGAGGAAGUGAGCAAGGAGGACUCCUCUUCGAAAACUCCACAACAACACGGACCAUCACCGGCGAAGACGGAAGAGACCCCAGCGCCACCAACAUCAUCAUCGGGAUCAUCAUCAUCAACAAAAACAUCACAAGCACCGGGACAGUCCGAAACGGGUAAUACAGAUACUGCAGUUGGCAGCGCCAAACCCGCAGAUAAUGAGGCGGCAACACCCAAGGAACUAACGGAAAGAUCAGGUGAGGAAAAGUGUAAGGCGAAUCUGCAUAACCAUCCACUCACCACCGGCAGUGUUGUUAUAACUGCAACUUGCACUUCCGAUGAAGAUUUAGGCGGAGGACAAAAAGUCAAAGAUGCUAUUGCCACCGCUAAUGAUGUUAGGAAUGAUACGAAGAGUAUUGAUGACAACUCUGCCGAUUCGGACACGCGUUCCAGUAAAGGAAAGAAAAGCACACAAGAUGAAAUAAGUAAAGCUCCAGAUGCAGAUGCUUCCUCCCCGACACGUGGUAACGUUGGUGGUCUCGAGCCCGCAAGUGUUUCCGCCGGAAAUAUGGAAGAUGGGUCCAGUUCCCUUGGUAAAGCUGUGAUCCUUCGUAAGACCGGUUGGCACAUUGAAGAUUUCGGCCCUGGUACUGAUAUACCUAAGCCCUUUGGUAAGGUUCCUGCCUCCCCAACAACUGGGGUGGGGGGUACCAACUCGAAUGAAUAUAAACCUUACCCCUGCACUUCCGCUGAUACUAAUGGAAAGUGCGAUCUUAAACUAUCAUUAAACGAUCUAUCGGGCUCAGUGAAUUUAGGAGGAGCAAUUGUACCACCCAACUUAACGGAAGAUAAAUCCCGUUCUUCGAAUAAUAACCAAGGUCCCGAGGAAGUGACCCCAGAUGUUCCCGACCUAACGAACACCGUCCUUACCGCCACUACUCCCGUACUCUUCUUUCUGUCCGCCGUCACCGUUGCCCUUCUUGGUUAUUCCCUUUGGAAGUACUUUGCGUACCUCGGAAAACAACGACGACGAACAUAUCGAACCGUGCGUGACGUGCCGUCACCGCCACUCGACGAAGACAUACUCGACCAUUUACAACGCGGCGAACUACCACCACCCGAUUACGGGUACACCUUGAUUAGGGAUAGGCAACCUGCGUCAACAUCCGGUAGAACACGCCCACCACGCGUGCAUAAGCGCACGAUCAUCGAGCUACAUCUAGAAGUGCUCCACGACUGUGAAGCGACCGAGUGGGACAACGUCAAAGACGACUAUUUGCAAAUACUCGUUGAAGAGUUUGCGCAGCCGUUUGCGCCCGACUUGCAGCAGGACGAGGACACGAAUAACAAUAUCUUGGGUGUUUCUACCACAAAGCAGGGUUUAUCAGGGAGCAAUGUUUCGUCCACUGACUGCGACGGAACGGAUGCAUGGAGUUGCAUGGACACUAUACAAUUACAAACGCACCGUUCUCCACCUAACGAAGAUGACCCCGAUCCUUGGAGUUGUAUGGAAACGAUAGAGUUCGGAACGGACACUUGUCCACUUAACGAAGAGGACCCCGAUCCAUGGAGUUGUAUGGAACACAUACACUUAGACGAUGAACAAAAUCGCCCUUCCGACCACGGUGACGCGACUUCGGACUGCACCCACUGGAUUAACUGGAUUGACCGCAACAAAGAUAUUCUGCGGCAGAGCACGACGCAGCCAUGGUUUUUGCAAUUAAAAGCGCAUUGGAAACAAUUCCUGCGCGAUCACAUGGUGGCAAACGCAGCAUCCGGUGAGCACAGGACAGCCGCAACCAUGGAAAGCAAGAAAUUGGAUGCAUGGAAAGAAUGGAUUGCAAAACAACAUCGGAACAUGCGUAUGUAUAACGCGGAGGAGUGGUUUCAACAUUUGUUGAAUAAUGUACAGGACGACACAUUACCGGAAACAGGCGAAAUACCUGCAGUUGACACACACUUAGAAGUGGAAAAAGCAAUGGGAACAGAAGAUAUGCUAACAGUCAGGGCUGUUCCACGCACGCACCUGCAUCGGCAAACUUACAUGAAAAAACGGGUAACCGCUCAAAUAUGGAUACUGAUCCUGGCAUUAAUCAUUGAGGAGUGCGAGCUCGAAUGUCGUUUGCAGCGGACGGAGUUAUAUGUGGAUGACCUAUUGCAAACGUGUUCACAUUAG